AUGUUUCGAUUACUCUUCCUCUGUUCUUUUCUUGUCUAUUCAAUGGCACAAAUGCAACAACAAUGCACAUGUGGACAGGUGGAACCAUGCAAACGUGGAGCUGAGAAUCAAGUGAUGGGAUGUGCGGAUAGUUGCCAGAGACACGUCUCCGGCAUGGGCGCUCCAUACUCAUCGAUUCGCGCAUGCAUCAUGCAAAAGCAACCAAUGAUCAACUCGGUGGCACAAUGUCAACAAAGAAGUCUCGCCAAUACUUGCGCGGCUCGACCAGGUGGAUUGGUCCCAAAGAGAUAUCCGGAGACACUUAAAUUGGCUGCUUUCAACGAAGUGAACAAUAUGUUGAGGAGAAGUGGUCUUCAAGCCGAAGCUGCUUCAUUUAUGGCGGUGGGGAAGAAAUUCGCUGGUUGUGUGAUGAAAUGUUUGAAUCGAGGACCCGGAGCGUGUUUCAAGAGAUUGGGUUGUGGCCUUGCUCUUCCCCCAGAUAACAUCAUCGUUCAACAAACGAAAUCGUGUGCAAUUAAUGCCGGCUUUAACACACAAGGAGUCCAAUCGCUUUGUCAAUGCGUUGCUGGAGCUGGAGUCAAAUCUUUGGCACCUCUCUGUGGUCGUAUCCAGAUCACG